ACUUUGUUAAUAUGCAGAAUCAGACCUGAUGAGUUUUUAAUGAGCCCUGGAUUGGCUUCCAAGUCUUGUCUUCCUUUCCUAAAGCCUCGCAGCCUGCCCUUUUGAGCUUGGAGAUUUCCAGAUUUCCCCAGGGAUUGAUAGAAAACCGGGCAGCAGGCUGAGACCUGGCACCUAGGGGUCCCUACAUUCAUUCAACCCAAAGUUUCAAGGGUGUGUCUGACGGCAACUUCAGGAAACAUGGCCAAGUUUGCCCUGACUCAGAACCUGCCCGACCUGGGUGGCCCUCGCCUGUGCCCCGGCCUCACCGGGGGCGCCCGCAGCCCGAGCUCGCCCUACUCGGUGGAGACGCCCUAUGGCUUCCACUUGGACCUGGACUUCCUCAAGUACGUGGACGAGCUAGAACGCGGCUCCGCCACCCGCCCCGCCCCCGGACCCGCCCCCCCCUCUGGCCAGGGGCAGAGCCCGUUCUUCUUCCUGAGCCGUUGUGCCCCCGAGCCCGACGGGGAGGUCGAGGCGCGCCCGGACAAGCUCGCCCAGCUGCGGCGGCUCACCGAGCGCCUGGCCACCUCCGAGCGCAGCGUCCGCUCCAAGGCCAGUCCCCGGGCUGACGGCCCCGACGGGUUGGCGGCGAGGCGCAGCGAGGGCGCGCUCGACGUGGCGGUAGGGAUCCCCGAUGGGGAGCCCCAGACCCGGGAGGCGGGUUCCGAGGCCACGCCUGAGACCCGAGAGGCGGGUGCCCAGGUAGAGCUGGAGACUCGGGAGGCCGGCGUGGAGGUGGCCCCCGAGAACGUUGAGGCGGACACGUGGGUGACAGAGGCACUCCUGGGGCUCCCCGCGGCCGCCGAGCGCGAGCUGGAGCUGCUGCGCGCCAGCCUGGAGCACCAGCGCGGGGUGAGCCAGCUCCUGCGGAGCCGCCUACAGGAGCUGGCGGAGGCCCACCAGGCCGCGGAGGAGGAGGCGGCGACGGCCCGGCCCCAGCCACGUGAGGCCGCCACUCAAACCCCGUGGAGUUGUGUGGAGAAGACCACACAGACCGAGCCCCCGGCGGAGGCCCCCUCCGCGACUCAGGAGAACCCUCUUGGAUCCACGGAUGGAGACAGGACCGUGGCCCCCGCGGGCAUCCUGAAAUCCAUCAUGAAGAAGAGAGACGGUACACCUGGUGCCCAAUCCAGCCCUGGACCCAAGAGCCUGCAGUUUGUUGGGGUCCUCAACGGAGAGUACGAGAGCUCAUCCAGCGAGGACGCCAGCGACAGCGAGGACAGCGCCGCUGAGCCCCUGAGGAGCAGCUCCUCAGGCUCCGAGGACGACAGUGGCGGGGGAUCCGACCCAGGCACCCCCGGCCCUCCCACCGGCGGGGACGUCAGAGACCCCGAGGCUGAGGCCGAGCCAGAGCUUCAGCUGGGGACACAGGGGAGGUGCGAGCUGAGCCCGCGUUUGAGGGAGGCGUGCGCAGCGCUGCACAGGCAGCUCAGCCGGCCCCGCGGAGUCGCCCGCGACAGCGGCGCGGCGCGCCUGGUGGCCCAGGAGUGGUUUCGAGUGUCGAGCCAGCGGCGCUCUCAGGCAGAGCUCGUGGCCGGGAUGCUGGGAGGGUUGACGCGCCUGGGACCCGAGCUGCUGGCGCACGUGGUGAACCUGGCCGAUGGCAACGGGAACACGGCCCUGCACUACAGCGUGUCCCAUGGGAACUUGGCCAUCGCGAGUCUGCUGCUGGAUACGGGGGUCUGUGAGGUCAACCGCCAGAAUCGAGCAGGCUACUCCGCUCUCAUGCUGGCUGCACUCACCUCCAUGGGGCGGGAGGAGGACUCGGCUGUGAUCCAGAGACUCUUCCACAUGGGUGAUGUCAAUGCCAAGGCCAGCCAGACAGGGCAGACAGCCCUCAUGCUGGCCAUCAGCCAUGGCCGCCAGGACAUGGUGGCAGCCCUGCUGGCGUGUGGGGCCAAUGUGAAUGCGCAGGAUGCAGAUGGGGCCACAGCGCUCAUGUGUGCCAGCGAGUAUGGGCGCCUAGACACUGUUCGGUUGCUACUGGCCCAGCCGUGCUGCGACCCCGCCAUUCUGGACAAUGAGGGCACCAGUGCUCUGGCCAUCGCCCUGGAAGCUGAGCAGGAUGAGGUGGCUGCUCUGCUGCAUGCCCACCUGAGCUCAGGCCAGCCUGGUCCUCAGAGCCAGUCACCCCCCGGCUCCCCCACAACCACGCCUGGUGAAGGAGGAUGCAGUGACAAUGGAGGGGACCUCCAGCCUCAGUGAGCUGCCAGGCUCACUGGACCUGGAUGAGACAUCUUUCUCUCCACUACAGAGGCCUCUGGGGCACAGCAGGGACCAGCGUUCUCUGUUCAGACGCUAGCUCUGGCCCAAGAGAAUGGCUCUUUCAGCUGGGAUGGCUCAGUGUCGGGGAGGGGUGAGGUGGAGACUGAGGAGUGAUGUAGCCCCUGGAAUACCCACUCCCCAGAACUUCUUUCCUAAUAAAACAUUGCUACUA